AUGACUGGGAGCCGAAGAUGGGGCGCCGAAGAACUGAAAAUCCUAAGCAUAGUCGCUUACAUCUUUCUUUCUUUCUAUCACGGUAUUAUGCUACCACUAUGGCUUAAAUUUCUAGAUCAAACGUCCAAAGUUGUGACCACAUUAACCGCGGCAGCCCUGCUGUAUACCCGCUCAGCAGGUGUCGCAUAUUUCGUCACCGGCGCGGUGUUGUGUUCGGGGCUUACCAAGGCAGUCAAGAGGGCAAUACGGCAGGAACGCCCACCAACGCACUCCGGGGGCAAAGUGACCUAUGGGAUGCCUAGUUCACAUUCAUCCACGUGCACUUUUUUCGCUACGUAUAUUGCGCUUGCUUGCCUUGAGCUACCUGUCCACCCUAGCUUGCCUCCUUCCGCCAUGUUCGCUCCAGUCGUCGUCUUACCAUGGACAUUCAUGAUAGUUGUGUCAAGGGUUCGGUUGGGCCAUCACACAUGGCCGCAGGUCGUGGCAGGAACAGCACUUGGAGCCUGCUGUGCUAGCUUUUGGUUCAAGCUAUGGGUGGACGAUGCAGCUGGCGUCAAGACAACUGCAUGGGCAGCUGAAGCGAUGAUGAAAUCCUGGCUUCACCAAUGA